AUGGAGGACAAGUCGCUGCUGGAACUGGACGAAAGCCACGUCCUACCCUUCACGUCGGUGGACGAUAUUGGUGGCGGUGGCCAUUUUAGUACAGUCUGCAGGGCUAAAAUCCACCCUGAUCAUUACCAAGGCUAUUCUUCCUUAAACAAGAAAAGACGUGGAGAAGUUCACGUCGCAUUGAAGCAGAUGAAGGACCUGAGAGAACCAGGGUACAACGUCCAAGCCGCAUGGGAGAGCGAAGCGGGAGCCCUCGAUCAAAUCAACCAACUCGACAACAAACACUUGAUCCGCCGCACCGGAGCUUUCAAGGCAGGCAAGAACUACUACAUAAUGUUUGAGUGGGCUGACGGCGGCACCCUUCGAGAUGUUUGGCAGAGGCAAAACGUUGACCAUAUCAAAUUAAACGGCACUCAAAUCAUGCUGGUGUUGCAGCAGUUGCAUGGCCUAGCCGAGGCACUUUCGAAGCUCCACAACAAUUUCAACAACAAACAACAACGUGGAGUCGCCCCAGGCUCUCUCCCCCGAGCCGAGACCAUCCUGGCAUCCCCCUCUCUCAACGUGCCCAAGGUGCAGCUUCAGAUUGCCGCCGAGAACAGCGACAACACCGGUGAGGAACACUGGAGGCAUGGAGAUCUGAAGCCCGACAACAUCCUCAUCUUCAGAGAUGCCACCUCUCCAUGGCUGGGAACACUCAAGAUCGCAGACCUAGGCUUGGCAAAGCAGCAUGCAUUCGCCACGUCCCAGCGAGUGGACCCAACCGGGCAGAAGUACUCGACAUCCCACUACGAGGCCCCUGAGGUGGUCAUCAAGCGACACGAACCACGAUCUCGACUCUAUGACAUUUGGUCCAUGGGUUGCAUCAUCUUCGAGUUCGUCAUCUGGUUGCUUUACGGCUAUCCUGGGCUACAGAACUUCUACGGAGAGAAGCCACCGACGACCAGGGAUACAUUGUACUUCACGGUAAGCCCAAGAGAAGAUUACGCGCAAGUCAGUGAAAUCGUGAAGAAAUGGAUGGACUACAUGCUGCUCCUUGACCCUGAGUGCAACGGCAAGUCACCCAGUGCGAUUGGAGAUCUCAUCAAACUGGUCAGGGAUCAUCUUCUCGUGGUUGCCCUCCCACAAGGACAGGUGGGCUUGGGCGGAACUCGACAGGGGGCAGACUUUUUGGAAAGAAGCCUGCGAGACAUCAUGGACAAAGCACGGACUAACCGCCGAGGAACCUAUCUCUUUACCGGGUCGAGCCGAAAGAUACGAGCUCCUAAAGAUAUGAGUUCUCUCCCAACGGGCUCCGGAGGACAAGCUGUGGCCUCGAGGAGGCAAAAUCUGAGUCUAUCUGGGAAGUGCCAUCUCCAUAGUCUAUUUCUACGUGCCUUCUCCUCCGAGGGAUACAACGACAAAAGCCAGAUCGAGGUUCGCCGCGUUGGUGGUACUCUCAAGUUCAACGGACAGCCAAUACCAAGCUUAUCCAUCUGCAGAGGCCUAGCCGGAAACACGAGACUGGAUACAGCCACUGGCUCCGUGAACAGCAUCCAAAUAGGCUUGCCUCGGCUGCCCGAAGUGAGCAGUGCAACAUUCUACAAUUUGAUGUCGCAUUGGAUCCGCGAUUGCGAUUCGAAUCACCCGGAAUGCCACCCGUUGAACCACGACCCAGAGUGUCUGCCAACUCGACUGCUGGAUGUCGGUCCCAAUGGAAGCCCGGGCAAUGACUCACUGGUGCAUCUUCUUGUAACCAAGGAAGACCUAGAUUCGGGCCAUAAUCUGCGUUAUAUUGCACUUUCUCAUCCCUGGGGUGAUGCCCGACAGCACGACCAUUUCUGCACAACCCCCAAGAACCUUAACCAACGUCUUAUCAGCGGCAUUGCGUUUGACCAGCUUCCCCGCACUUUCAAACACGCAGUGAAGGUCACUCGCUCGCUCAAUAUUCGGUACCUGUGGAUCGAUUCACUUUGUAUCGUACAAGGUGAUGGCGGCGACUUUGACACCGAGGCCAAAAACAUGGAGACGAUCUUCAGCUCUGCUUAUUGCGUUAUAGCCGCUAGCCGAGCUUCGGGAACGUCGAGUGGGUUUUUAGAGCAGAGGGCAGCCCGGGAAUUCAUCAGACUCGACGAGUCCGUGGGGAGUCCACACUACGUCUGUAAGGCGAUCGACGACUUCCAGCACGAUGUUAUCGAGGGGGGCCUCAACAAACGAGGGUGGGUCCUCCAAGAACGCGCUCUCGCUCGACGAACGAUCCAUUUUACCAAGAACCAGACAUACUGGGAAUGCGGACACGGCGUUCGUUGCGAGACCCUCGCCCACAUGAAAAACACGAAGGCGGCAUUUCUGGGUGACCCAAACUUCCCUGAUUUAGCCAUCAAGUCCAGCAAAGGAACAAAGAUUCGUUUUUACGAGGAACUCUACGAGGGAUACUCAAGACUUGACCUCACCAAGGCAUACGAUAGGCCCAUUGCCAUUGCCGGCCUGGAACAGCGGCUCGUAAAUGCCUUUGAAACCCAUGGAGGCUAUGGAGUCUUUCAAGGGGAAUUUUUUGGAAGAAGCCUGUUGUGGGUUCGUGACGCCAGGUUCACGGACAAGCUCAAGAAGAUUGACUUCCCUUCGAGCCAGAAAUAUGCCGUCCCGACGUGGUCGUGGAUGGCGUAUCAAGGAGCUAUAACUUUCAUGAAUCUUCCUUUCGAUGAGGUUGAUUGGGAGGAGGGAAGGGAUGCGAUCAAGUCACCGUGGACGUGGAGUGAUUCGUCAUCGAGCUCAACAACAUGGCACACCGGGAACUCGAAUGAGAACAUCGACCUAACGGCCUACGCAAGAGAUUUAGUAAGCCCAGGGUCAGCUGAGAAGGGAAUCGUCUACGACCAAGGACGUACGGGUCUUACUGACGGCAGACUCAGAUGUGUGGUUGUUGGAAAGGAAAAGUGA